AACGAUGCGAUUCCCGCAGUUGCUGGCAGCAUCAGACACGUCGUUGACUUUUUCAUUCCAUUCCAGCUUUUAGGAUAAACUCCAGUUUGGAUUGCUAUCGACUGUACGGUUGGUAUUGCAGUUUACCCGGGAACUUCUUACACUGGGUUUAUUCAAACAACAGCAACAUUAAUAACAGGAACAACAACAAACAGCAAAAAUGAGUCAUAGUGUAAAAUCAUCCUACAGAAAAUCGAUAGGGAGUUCCUAUCCGGCUGUAUCUACCAAAAUAAUUCGCAAAUCUAGGACAAUAAGUUCCGGAGGACAACUUGGGUAUGGCGGACCCUUACAUUUCAAAGACGGCGUCGUUAGUUCGCUUUCUCAAAGAGGGGCCACUGAUAUCAAAUGCACUAGGGAGAAGGAGAAAAAGGAGAUGCAAGAUUUGAACGAAAGGUUCGCCAACUACAUCGAAAAGGUUCGUUUCCUUGAAACUGAAAAUAAGGCGUUAAAAGAUGCAUUGAAAAAACAAAAACGCGACUUUAACAUUGAGCCGAUGAAGGCUAUGUACCAGGUUGAGAUCGACGAACUCAAGAAACAACUGCUAACAACCACCGAUGAAAAUGCAAAUCUGAAAGCCCGUAUUGCAAAUUUAGAAGAGGAAAUGGAGACCUUAAAUGGCCAACUUCGUCAUCUCAAAGAUGUCAACGAGGAACAACAAAACACCAUUGAAAAUCUCAAUGAGGAGAUUUCGCGACGUAUGUCUGAGUGUGAAAUGCUGAGAAGGAAGGUUCAAGAACUUGAGAAACAACUCGCUGACUGGAAAGCUAGGCAUAGCCACAUUGAUAGUCAGUUGCAAACUCUCAGAAUUGAACUGCAGGAGGAAACUGCUAAUCGUCUCGCUGAAAGCACUCGCGCCCAAUCUUUGGAAGAUGAACUUAAUUUCUUGAAAGACAUCUAUGAAACUGAAAUCAAAGAAUACAAAGCCUUGUUGGCAAAGGAUAAUAGCUUCCCUGAUAUGCGUGAAUACUGGACAUCUGAAAUGGGAUCAUGUAUAAAAGAAAUCAGUCAAGAAUACGAAAGUCAACUGGAGGCUUUGGCUGCUAGCUUGGAAGCAAGAUACGAGUCCCAGAUCAGUGAAAUACGCAUGGGUACUUCCAAAGGAGCUGUUGAAUUGACACAAUUGACCGACGAGAACAAGAGAUUGCGUAGUCAAAAGAUCGAUCUUGAAGACAGAAUACGUGAUCUUGAAGCACAGCUUGCUCAACUGACUGGCCAAUUAAGAUCAGUAACAAUGGAGUUGGAAACUACUAUUAAUGACUUAGAACACGAAAAGGAGUCACACAGGGCCGACGUCGAAAGACUUCAACUUGAUUUAGAAGCAAUGAUGAAGGAACUGCGAGAUCUGAUGGAUGCCAAACUGUCGAUGGAACUCGAGAUUGCUGCUUAUCGUAAACUGUUGGAGGGUGAAGAACACAGGAUAAGUCUUACCAGCAUGGUUAGCGCAGUCGGAGGAUACCAGACCGCUUCGGAGGAAGCACUUUCUAGUGCUAUUAUGCAAAGGUCAACGGGAUUCAAGUCAUCCAUGUCAGCAGAAGGCAGUAAGUAAAUUUAUGUAAUAUUGCUUUUUCAUAG